GGGCACAGCCACAGCUGCCCUCAGAGCCUGGCGUGGGCACAGCUGCAGUGGCCACUGCAGAGCCACCUCCUGCUCUGGGCACUGGGCUUGGGCUGGCUAGAGCAGCUGCAAUGUGAGAGCCUGGGCCAGCACACACCGGGGCCAGGGAGCCGAGGGAGCCUUGCCCGAAGCUUCUCUGGAGGAAGAUGGAGAACCCACUUCUUUUAUUCCCCCAACUCAACAUUUCUGCCUUGAAGGACACCUAUUACAAAAAAUCAGUGAUUAAGGAGGAGCCACACAAGGCAAGCAAGGCUGGAGCUAAGCAGAAGAGAAACAGGCUGAGCCUGCUCCUGCAGAAACCUGAAUUCCAUGAAGGGGAUCACCUUGGCAAACCUGGAAGCUUGACAAAAGCAGCAAGUGUGUCUCCUGAAGAAGCAGUGAGAUGGGGAGAGUCUUUUGACAAACUGCUUUCUGAGAAAGCUGGGCUGGAUGCCUUCACAAAAUUUCUGAAAACUGAGUUCAGCGAGGAGAACAUCGAGUUCUGGAUAGCCUGUGAGGAUUACAAGAAAAGCAAAAGCCCACAUGAACUCCUGCCAAAAGCCAAGACCAUUUUUGAAACAUUCAUACAGAAAGAUGCUCCAAAAGAGGUGAACUUGGACUUCCAGACCAAGGAGGCGACGAGCCGGAGCAUGGCGCAGCCGGCGCGCGGCACCUUCGAGGCGGCGCAGAGCAGGGUGUACCGGCUGAUGGAGCAGGACAGCUACCCUCGCUUCCUCAGGUCUGCUCCCUACCUGGGGCUGCUGCAGGGCCGGGCCCCCGCCCGCGCCGCCCUGCGCCGCCGCUCGCGCUCCUUCACCGUCAGCGACUUCAAGGGCGCGCGGCCGGACCCCGCGCUGUGGUGAUGGCACAGCUCUAAUGUCUCAUUUUAUAGAUAUAUGUGUAAUAUUUGAUGUUAUCCAACUGAGCUUCUGCUCCUUCA